AUAGAGACUUUGUCACGACACCUGCAGGCAGUCAGCUUCUAGAGCGGUGGCAGUUGCAGCAGUGUUGUGUAUCUGUACUAAGCUGUGCCAUCAUCCCAUGUUCCCUCUGCUCCAUGUGUCUCUGCACAGAAACAAGUAAACUGCAGCACAACAGGAGGCUGAUCCUGGAUAUACAGACACGAGACAGUGGAAGGACCUGCUCAGCCUUACAGCUCUUUCCAGGCAUGUUUUAAAUCUUCCUCUUAUGAUACCUACUUUUCACUCCAUGGGAUUUUACUAUCUGUGGAUUCUGGAGUUUUGUAUCAUUAUGUUUUUUCAACUGUAAUACAUUUUCCCGAAUGGUAGUAAGAUUGCUCGCUGGAUAUACCUUUUUACUGGCAAUUUGUGAAAUUGGAGCCUUGUUGGAGCUGCUUACAGCUGAUUCAAUAGCAACAAAGCCUUUAUUCAUUAAGUGAAAGUGGCGCAAAUGUCUUCAGUUCAGCAUUCUUCUAGCCUCUUGCCAGGCUAACUCUAUGCAUGAUUGCAGAGCUCGGAUUUAGACAAGGAUAUAGGCUUGCAGCUAACUGGAUUCGAUUUAUAAGUGCGAAAUCUGCAGUAAAUGGCAGCUCUUCUCAUUUUGCUACCAUGGAGAACAGAAUUGUCAAUAGAACGUAUUCUGAUAAAUAGAGCUGAGUGAAGAUGCUGCUUCAAGGAGUGCCAAAUCAAUGGAAGAUACUUGCCGCACGAGAAGCUUUUUGAGAGUUUUCUGACAGGAUCGUAUUUAACAAACCUGAUACAUUUCCUCUGAUUGCCCUGCUUUCGACACGUGGAUACAAAUACAAUUGCUUGUACAACUAAUGUGGGACUAUGGCAUUCCCAAGGCCCAGACACCUGAGUUGUUUAUGGAGAGUUACAUGGUUGCGCUUUCUACCCAUACGAUUGGAUUCCACAUUUGUACUCUGUGUAUUUGGAUUUUUCCUUCACAUUGUGACUGUGCGCUCGCAAAAACUGGAUGAUGUUGAUCCUGUAGUGGUAACCACAUAUGGCAAAGUCAGAGGGUUUAAAAAAGAACUUAAUAAUGAAAUACUAGGACCUGUCAUCCAGUUUCUUGGGGUUCCUUAUGCUGCUUCACCAAUAGGAGAGAGGCGGUUUCAGCCCCCUGAACCUCCAACAAUGUGGGGAGAUAUAAAAAAUGCCACCCAAUUUGCACCAGUAUGCCCUCAAAACAUUGUGGGGGGCAGAUUGCCUGAAAUCAUGCUUCCGGUUUGGUUUACUAAUAACUUGGAUGUAGUUUCUUCUUACGUUCAAGACCAGAGUGAGGACUGCCUAUAUUUAAACAUAUAUGUUCCAACAGAGGAUGUAAAAAGAAUAUCCAAGGAAUGUGCCCGGAAACCCGGCAAGAAAAUAUGUAGACAAGGAGGUCCCCUUACAAAGAAACAGACAGAUGAUUUAGGUGAUAAUGAAGGUGCUGAAGAUGAAGACAUACGAGAUAGUGGAGGACCCAAACCAGUUAUGGUGUAUAUUCAUGGAGGCUCCUACAUGGAAGGCACUGGAAAUUUUUUUGAUGGAAGUGUACUGGCAAGUUAUGGAAAUGUAAUAGUCAUCACUGUCAACUACCGCCUUGGGGUACUUGGCUUUCUGAGCACUGGUGACCAAGCUGCAAAAGGAAAUUAUGGUCUUUUAGACCUUAUUCAAGCCUUACGAUGGACUAGUGAAAAUAUUGGUUUCUUUGGAGGUGACCCAUUAAGAAUAACAGUUUUUGGAUCAGGUGCUGGUGCAUCUUGUGUCAAUCUUCUGACUCUGUCCCAUUAUUCAGAAGGUAACCGCUGGAGCAAUUCAACCAAAGGUCUUUUUCAAAGAGCAAUUGCACAAAGUGGAACAGCCCUUUCCAGUUGGGCAGUUAGCUUCCAGCCUGCCAAAUAUGCUCGGAUUCUGGCCACAAAAGUUGGAUGCAACAUGUCAGACACAGUAGAACUUGUGGAAUGUCUACAGAAGAAGCCUUACAGAGAACUUGUAGAUCAAGAUAUACAACCAGUGCGGUAUCAUAUAGCAUUUGGCCCAGUUAUUGAUGGAGAUGUUAUACCUGAUGACCCACAGGUAUUGAUGGAGCAAGGUGAAUUCCUCAACUAUGAUAUUAUGUUGGGAGUAAACCAAGGUGAAGGUCUUAAAUUUGUAGAAAGUACCGUGGAUCAUGAAGAUGGUGUUUCCAGCAGUGAUUUUGACUUUGCGGUUUCUAAUUUUGUGGAUAAUUUGUAUGGAUAUACAGAAGGGAAAGAUAUACUGAGGGAAACAAUAAAAUUUAUGUAUACAGAUUGGGCAGAUAGGAAUAACCCAGAAACAAGAAGAAAAACAUUGUUGGCUUUGUUUACGGAUCAUCAGUGGGUCGCACCAGCUGUGGCAACUGCGGAUCUACAUUCAAACUUUGGUUCACCAACAUAUUUUUAUGCCUUUUAUCAUCAUUGCCAAACAGACCAAGUACCUGCUUGGGCAGAUGCAUCCCAUGGGGAUGAAAUUCCAUAUGUGUUUGGGAUUCCUAUGAUAGGCCCUACAGAAUUAUUUCCAUGCAACUUCUCUAAAAAUGAUGUCAUGCUUAGUGCUGUAGUGAUGACAUACUGGACAAACUUUGCCAAAACUGGUGAUCCGAAUCAGCCUGUUCCACAGGAUACAAAAUUCAUACAUACAAAACCAAACAGAUUUGAAGAAGUUGCUUGGACUAGAUAUUCACAAAAAGACCAGCUUUACCUUCACAUUGGCUUAAAACCUAGAGUCAAAGAGCACUACAGGGCAACCAAAGUGAACCUUUGGUUAGAGCUUGUACCACGCCUUCAUGUUAUGAAUGACCUGACCACAACAAAAGGCCCUUCUACAGAUAUAACAUCUAGGCCUACAGGGAGCAAUACCGUGCCAGUAACAUCAGCCUUUCCAACUGUCAGUGAAGAUAAUUUUAAACAAAAGCCAAGUUCAAUUUCAUUGGAAAGAGACUACUCGACUGAGCUCAGUGUUACAAUUGCAGUUGGAGCAUCUCUGCUUUUCCUUAACAUCCUGGCAUUUGCAGCAUUAUACUACAAGAAGGAUAAAAGGAGACAAGAUGUCCAUCGAAGGUGCAGCCCCCAACGUACUACAGCAAAUGAUAUAGCCCAUGCACAAGAAGAGGAAAUAAUGUCUUUACAAAUGAAGCACACAGAUUUAGAUCAUGAAUGUGAAUCUAUACAUCCACACGAGGUUGUCCUUAGAAAUGCCUGCCCUCCUGAUUACACACUUGCAAUGAGAAGAUCUCCAGAUGACAUCAAUUUAAUGACACCGAAUACUAUAACAAUGAUUCCUAACACUAUACCAGGGAUUCAACCCAUACACGCCUUCAAUACUUUUACUGCUGGACAGAAUAACACUCUACCACACUCCCAUCCACACCCACAUCCACACUCACAUUCUACAACCAGAGUAUAGCCAAACUAGAUGAAGAACUUUAUUUUUUGAUGUCUUAAAGUAGACAACCUUAAAGGAAAGUACAUGGCUUUUCUGACUUGAAGGAGUAAACAAGUGCAUAACAAUUAUACAUAUAAAAAAACAUUUCAAAUUUUGAAAAAAAAAUGUAAAUAUGAAAUUGGACAAAGCAGCAAUUGAAGUAAUUGCUCUAAGCGAUAGUAUUUUUUCCAUUCCUGUUAAUUUUUUUGUAAUUUUUUUCUUUCAAAAUUUAAGUUACAAAUUGAUGUUUGGCAUGUGCUAUAAAAUGAGAGGACAAAGACUUUAUAUGUACUGUAUUUAUAUGCACAAGAGACUCACUCAUGGAAUGUUAGAUAGU